UAUUUCAGUCUCAUUAUGAACAGAAAUAUAAUAACAAAAAAACAGCGUAUGAACACGAUUGGAAGUGGACUUAUUGAAAUAGAAAGAUUUAGAAAAGGUUCAAAAACUUUCGUAAUUAAGAACUGUGAAAAUUAUAUAGAUUACAAAUUAUUUUUUAACUAUAUUUUACAUGAGUUAAUUUUAAAGUUAAGACAAUCGUGUAUUAAAACGUCGAUCAAAUUUAAUUUACACGUUGACGCUACUUACACACGUCCUAUAACACAUGAUAAACAAGAUGUAGCUUUUAAAACUUCGAAUGUUUUAGCAUGUAAUUCAUCCGAUUUCGCUAGUUUGUUAAACAUAAAGUUUGAUAAAAUAUUAGCUGAAGAAUCUGAAUUUAUUGCUAAAGGUUCAGGAUGGACACUUGUUUCAAUAGAUGGGUUACAGUUGAGAAUCAAUUUAGUAAAUCCAUUAAAAGGAGGUACAUAUUUAGAUUUACCUAAAUUUAUACGAGAAAAAAAGGCUAUUAUAAACGUUAAAAAUAAAGAUAAAUACUGUUUUAAAUAUUCUAUACUAACCAAAUAUGAUAAGCGUUCUAAUAAAUCACGAUUUAACCAAAAAUAUUUUGAUUUUCUUGAAAAAAAGAGUGGGUUAGAUUUUAAAUGUAUUGAUUUCCCAACACCAAUAAAUCAAAUUAAAAAAUUUGAACGUUUAAAUAAUGUUUCAGUUAAUGUUUAUAGUUUAAAUAAUAAAGGUACUAUUUUCCCUCUAUUUAUAAAUAAUAAAGAAGAAAAAAAUCAUUUUGAUUUAUUUUGUCAAUAAUCAUAAA